CUCUCGGCCGCCUUACAGCCGGAAGUAGGUGUGCCAUUUCCGCCGGCGACUUGUUUACCUUUUUUUUUUUUUCGUUGCGUAUCAAGAAGCUGUAAUGCCUAAUAACGGACGUCUUUCCGGCCUGUGCCGCAUUACCGAACACCUUUACGUGAGUAACGGCAGGGCGGCCGGUCUCGUUUCCCUGCUGAGUGCGAACAACAUAACGUGCGUCAUCAGCGUCACCGAGACCAAGAAGAGCGGCAGCAGUCAUGUUCCUAAGGGCGUGCAGUACAUCCACAUCCCGCUGGCCGACUCUCCGUCCUCACCCCUCGCUGACCAUUUCGACGGCGUGGGGGAGACAAUACAGCAAGUAGCGCGCGGUGGCGGCCGGACGCUGGUGCACUGCAAUGCCGGGGUGAGCCGCUCGGCGGCGCUGUGCAUGGCCUUUCUCGUCAAGCACCACAGCGUCACCUUGCUGGAGGCCCACGCCUGGGUCAAGACCUGCCGACCCAUGGCGAGGCCGAACAACGGCUUCUGGAAGCAGUUGAUCCAGUACGAGAAGGAGCUUCGCGGGUGCACAUCGGUCCGGAUGGUGUCCUCGUCCAUGGGAGAGAUACCUGACAUUUAUGAAGAGGAGGCCAGAAAUAUGAUGCCAUUGUGACUCAAGUGUGAGGGAUCUACUGAGGAUCUUAACUUGGAUAUGAACGCCUUGUUAUCUGCACUAAUUGUACAAAUAUGCCAAAUCUGGGUCCGGUCCGGUGGCCAUGGAUGAAGUACUGGCUGUCCAGAGUCGGUACCCAGGAUAUUCAUUUUAAAUAAAUAAAUGAUAAAUGGGUUGUACUUGUAUAGCGCUUUUCUACCUUCAAGGUACUCAAAGCGCUUUGACACUACUUCCACAUUUACCCAUUCACACACUGAUGGAGGGAGCUGCCAUGCAAGGCGCCAACCAGCACCCAUCAGGAGCAAGGGUGAAGUGUCUUGCUCAGGACACAACGGACGUGACGAGGUUGGUACUAGAUGGGAUUUGAACCAGGGGCCCUCGGAUUGCGCACGACCACUCUUCCCCUGCGCCACGCCGUCCCUUUUGUGCACAAAUGAAAAAAACAUAAGUUUUUCUUGAAUCUGAAAAAAAAAACAUUUUAUUUUUCACUAAAAAAGGGUUCGGUGAAUGCGCAUAUGAAACUGGUUGGGUUCGGUACCUCCAACAGGGUUAAGAACCAAUGGUGUAGAUCCACCAAUGGCAUUUGAUUACAUUUUGACGCCGGUGAACUACGGUGUGUAGUGAAGCAUGUUUAUCUAUCAAUCAAUCAACGUUUAUUUAUAUAGCCCUAAAUCACAAGUGUCUCAAAGGGCUGCACAAGCCACAACGACACCCUCGGUUCAGAGCCCACAUAAGGGCAAGGAAAAACUCACAACUCAGUGGGAUUUCAAUGUAAAUGACUAUGAGAAACCUUGGAGAGAACCGCAGAUGUGGGUGUAAACUCUUGGAGUAUUUUAGCCAUGGCAAUGUUUGCACUGGAGACCGGCUGGCUCUCUGCCAACCCGGAGAACGCAUGGAGAGACCGGAGGAGCUGGUGUUGAACGUCAGGACGGACGAGCUUCACGUAGCCCUGGUUGAAUCGGACACUUUGUAUUCUCACUCAUCCGUGCGGACUGGACAUUGGCCAAGAGCUAGUAGACAGCCUAGGACUGAGUCGACUCUCUCGGUUGCUUUGUUAGGAGUGUUCCUGUCUCUGGCUGGGCGGUUGUAAAAUUGUUUUUAUUUUGUUGUUUAUGUAUGGUGGGAUUGUAUGUGCGCAAUAUGUAUUACUUAUUGGUCUUUUUUUGUUGUUUUACUUUUGUAUGUCGAAAAUGACACUUGUUAAAGUGGCAGCCGGUUGCAUAAGCUCGUCCUUUUAGUUAGUUUCCUCUUGUUUUCAUGUAAUUUUUUUAAUCGUAUUUUUUAUGGAAGUUUAGUAUCCGCCUUGCAACCCCAUAAUUUCCCCAUUGGGUAGAAGUCCAUCCAUCCAUUUUCUACCGCUUAUUCCCUUUCGGGGUCGCGGGGGUUGCUGGCGCCUAUCUCAGCUACAAUCGGGCGGAAGGCGGGGUACACCCUGGACAAGUUGCCACCUCAUCGCAGGGCCAACACAGAUAGACAGACAACAUUCACACUCACAUUCACACACUAGGGCCAAUUUAGUGUUGCCAAUCAACCUAUCCCCAGGUGCAUCUCUUUGGAAGUGGGAGGAAGCCGGAGUACCCGGAGGGAACCCACGCAUUCACGGGGAGAACAUGCAAACUCCACACAGAAAGAUCUGGAUUUGAACCCAGGACUGCAGGACCUUCAUAUUGUGAGGCAGACGCACUAACCCCUCUGCCACCGUGAAGCCCGGUAGAAGUCUAUCCUGUCAAUUAUACAGGGAGAAUUGGGCUUGUAAAAUUGUGUACUUUUAUGGACCUAAAUAAAGAUCAAAGUUUUUGCUAUUGAAAACAAAUAAUAAACUUUGAAACAAAAAAUACACGUUUUGAUGUUGCAUCUUGGAAAACGCAUCAGUGUAUUUAAGGGGUCACAUAUUUUUUGUUUUGUUUUUUUACAUUUAAAACACUUAUUUUUGGGUUAUAUAACAUGUAACAGUGGAUCUUUAGUCAAAAUUGAGCAGAGAUAAUGUUUUAGAGACCAUCUUCAAGCCGCUUUCAGAUUGUUUCUUCAGCAUACUACGUUUUGUGGGCGGUCUUAUUCAUAGUACGUGCCCCCACUUCGACUGCGUCUUCUCCCCGUCAGCCACGUUGUAGUUUUUAGCGCAUUUAAGUUAGAUUUAUAAUCCGCUAAUGUUGUCGGUGUGAAUCAUGUUACAGGUUUGAGCAAACUUUCAACGGAUCGUUAAGCAGAAGUGUAUAGAAAGGCAAGAUUAUUUCAUAUAUCCGCCAUGCCUCCAUAGUUCCAUCCAUCCAUUUUCUACCGCUUAUUCCCUUUCGGGGUCGCGGGGGGCGCUGGCGCCUAUCUCAGCUACAAUCGGGCGGAAGGCAGGGUACACCCUGGACAAGUCGCCACCUCAUCGCAGGGCCAACACAGAUAGACAGACAACAUUCACACUCACACUCACACACUAGGGCCAAUUUAGUGUUGCCAAUCAACCUAUCCCCAGGUGCAGGUCUUUGGAGGUGGGAGGAAGCCGGAGUACCCGGAGGGAACCCACGCAUUCACGGGGAGAACAUGCAAACUCCACACAGAAAGAUCCCGAGCCUGGAUUUGAACCCAGGACUGCAGGAACUUUGUAUUGUGAGGCAGACGCACUAACCCCUCUGCCACCGUGAAGCCCGCCUCCAUAGUUGGAUUUCACAUUUUUGAGAUUCAUGUGUGCUCAAAAUACACAUCAGGUACAAAUAGGUAUGAAAAGUUGGUUGUGCGUAAUAGGGCCAAAAUGAAUGCACAGCUUUUUUUUCCCCAGUUUGAAUAUUGAAAAAUAUGAUUGUUUAGGGUUGACUUUAUUCAGUAAUUGAGUAGUGAUGAGGUGGCGACUUGUCCAGGGUGUACACCGCCUUUCACCCGAAUGCAGCUGAGAUAGAUUGCAGCACCCCUCCUGCGACCCCAAAAGGGACACACGGUAGAAAAUGGGAUGGAUGGAUAGAUUUGUUUGUUCGAAACACACAUUAUAGCCUCGGUGUAUAUUUUAGGGAAAUAGUUUAGUGAAGAUAUUUUCCACUUGCCAUAAUUCAUUUUUAUUUUAACAGUACAUGUGCAUUAUCCACAAUCCCACUUUGAACGUGUACAGACUGAUAGAAAUAUAACCAGUGCCAGAUCAUGGCACCCACACAUCACUGCUCUCAUGUGAGCUUUAUUGCAGCAGCCCUGUGGAAACUGUUGUAACAUUUGAUUUAGUAUGUUAUCCUUAUGUAUGGACAAUAAUUAAUGUUGGGGAGGAAUUUUUAUUUACAUUAUAGUGAGUCAUAAUACUAUUAUUUCAGAUAACACAUUUGUUGUACUGUAUUUUUUUUUUUUUUUUUUAUACGGUCCUACAUUUUGGUUCCUUACCUGUUUGUUUCCCUGUGCCCAAAUAGGGGCUGGACAGGGGAGAAUAUCGCGAGAAAAAAAUGAAAAAUAGAGCGCGAGAGCUGUAGAAAUGAGUCAAGCGUGUCCUGCAGUUGUGUUCUAGCAAGGAAGACAACAAAUCUAUCAUGUAAACCACUUAACUGUAACCCACAGCUGUCGAAGUAGGUGAGAGACCAAAUAUUAGGGUUAGACUAUGACUAUGAACACAUUUCUGGCCACUCCAUGCGGUCCAGAUUUGAUCAAUUUUGAUUCAAUACACUCAAACAAUUCAUAAAAGCACCAGAAUAUACAAUCCAGCUUUUUUUUAAAUCAAAUGUUAACCAUUACAGCCCUAAUUAUGAUUUACUUUUCCAACUCUUUUGAAUUAAUUUUCAUACAUGAGCUUGUAUUAUUCAGAUUCAAAUAUUUUUGCAGUCUGAAUUUGAAAAAGAUUUGAAUUAGAAAUGAAAUGAACUAAACCUGAUUUUUUUUAAAAGAAACCAAAUCUGAAAAAAACAGCUUAAAUAUCAAAAUAUAUCGAAGUGUUUUUUGUUUUUUUUAAUAAUUACCAGAGUGAAUUAAAUUGUUUUUAACCUGAAAAAAAAAAAAAGCACAUUUAUUUUUAUUUAGAAUAUUCAUCCAGCCAUCCAUUUCUACCGCUUUUCCCUUAUGGGAUAGCAGGGGAGUAUACUGAUGUAUUUUUCAACAUUCUGAACAUUAAAACUUGAUUUUUUUCCUUUUCGUUUCAAAGUUCAUUUAUUGAAGUACAAAGCAUUCAGGCCCAUGUUUAGCCCCAUACAGGUGCUACAUUGUGGCGCUGACAAGCAAACUGCGUUCACAGCGGAAAUAAACAUGACUUACUUGUCAGUUAGGUUUUCCUUUGUGAGCCAAUAUGACACACAAGUAAGGGAUAAGAAGUCCAAGUACAAAAAGAAUAUUUAUUUUGUACUACACGCAGACAGCAAGAUGUCCCAAGCAUUUUAGACAGGUGGAUGAAAAUGCGGCAUUGCAGAUUUCCAAAUAAAAAUGUUGGAGGUUUUCUUCCUACUGCCGAGUAACUGUAAAUAGUUAUUUUCAAUACAAUAUAAUUAAAACCACCUCAAUACAUAAAAUAAAAGAGUCAUUUGGCACAGAACUCUGAUAAAAAUCUACUCUAGUACAAAUAUUUUAUUUAUCUUCGACUUCAAGCUUUUAUACAUUUUCUUCAAAAGUGCAGAUCACCUGUCAAUAAAUGCAUAUGUUGGUCAGUUUGACAAAAAGCAGCAAAUUGGUAAAAAUCCAUAAGAAUGAGGUUGCCAUCACAAAGACUUCAGAUAACAUCAAGAGUAAACACGGUGACGGUUUACAGAUAGCGCUGCAAAAAAAGUGACAUUAACUGUGACACCUGGGAGUGGUUACGCCACAUCCAACACAGGAACAUGUUAAAUAGUUCAGGAACUAGCAUAGUUUCCUGCUUUCAAUGCCAGUGUAUACAUUUUUUUCCUACAGAACAGGGAAAGUGCCGUACAUCAACAACAUACAUUUUAGAAAACUCAAAAUUUGUAAGUCUCAAGAUAUCUAGAUUCAACAAAACAUUGACAUGCGUUAUUAGUACCUGGGUUCUGUAGGCUACCAGGGUUCCAGUCUUUGAGCCAUACACUGUUUUACAGUAAACCUUCCAAUUCACUUCUCGUUAUAAAAGCAAAUCUAAUCACCGCAUUCAAAAA